AUGACACAGAACCCAAAUGGCAACACCAUCAUUAUCGGUAUCAUAGUACCUGCGUGUUUUGUCGUCCUCCUGGUGACGCUGUUGAUACUACACCGUCACAGAUCGUAUCUCUUACCAGGACUCACUCAUGACGUUGAGGCGGCACGAAAAGCUGAGCGCAUGCAACAGCGACGAGGAGAGCUCGAAAACACUAUCAAGAUAGAAUCGUUCCACAACUGGCAGGCAGCGCAAAAAGAUAAACACCCUAGCUCGCUUCUGACGACUGAUCCAGUUGCGAUCUGUCUCGACGAGUUCGACGAAGACGCGCAGAUACGCGGUCUGCGAUGCUCUCACGCAUUCCACGCGCAGUGUCUGGAUGAGUGGUUUGGCCGCUGCAACGAGUACUGUCCACUAUGCCACCGAACCAUCAUACCUGGGAAAAACAUCGUGAAGGCCAGUAUGAUGGAGUGGCCGCGGCCUUUGCCCGUCGCCUUCAUGGUGUGA